GGGGAGUAGAAAGAGGAGGAGGUUGUGGCCAAGGAGAGCUUUGAAUAGGGAAGUUUUGCUGGGGGUUACAUUCGCAGUCAUCUCAGUGUUUGCAAAUAUUGAGUAGGCUCCUGAGCAAGUAUCUUCUGGAGAGAACCCCAGGAGUGGAAAGCAAGAUUUACCAGCAGCAGCUGCAUUUUGGAGACUGCAAGAUAUAUAUAUAUAUAUAAAUAGAUCUAUGUAUAUAUAUAUCCAUACCUUGAUAUUGCUGUGCAAUUAAACUUUGCAUGAAACUUUUGCUUUAUUAUUACUAUAUUUAAAAAAAUACCCUUUGCAUCUGAACUGCCGAAGAGGAAUUUAAUAUAUAAUUAUUUUUAUUUUUGAAAGAGGAAAAAAACAAACCUGUCUUCUUCUUUGUGGCCGUCUUUCCCUCUGGAGGAGGAGGAGGAGGAAGUGGGACUUUGUAAAUAGCUGGUCGUAUUUCUCUCGCCAUCACCUGCCAUCACGACUACCGACGACAGCAGCAGCGGUAGCAGCUGAGAAACAUCUGUAGCGGUGUUGAUACUUGUGCUUUUUCUUCUUCCUUACGACGAGACACAUUGCAAUCGGACGUUGACCCUGUGGAGGGUUUAUUUGUUGCAACUUCUUUUCCCCCCUUCCCCUUGAAAACAAAAAAACAAAACAAAAAAAACCAUGGAUGUGCUUCCAAUGUGUAGCAUCUUUCAGGAACUCCAAAUUGUCCACGACACUGGUUACUUCUCUGCUUUACCAUCUCUGGAGGAAUAUUGGCAACAGGUAAACCGAAGGAUAUCUGCUUGUGCUGGGCAAACGUUGCUUUUAAUUCGGAGCAACACUGAUAAACGAGGUUAGAGGCUUGCCUUUUAGGAAGGCUUCCUGCAGGAAUCUUUUUUUUUUAUUUUAUUUUUAAAUAGUAACGUUAUUGUUUCAAGCAAGUGUGUUUGUUUGGGCUGCUGUGCAACACUGUUUGUUAUAUCUGCUUUCUGGGGUUUUUUAUGCCGUGCAUGCUUGUUUUUGCUCGCUACCGGGAGAAGUGCUGUUUAUGCCCAGCGCCGCUGUCACAGCUUCUGGAGAGUGGCUGGUGUAUUUCUGAAUGCCUGUCCUCUCUCUCUCUCUCUCUCUCUCUCUCUCUCUCUCUCUCUGUGUGUGUGUGUGUGUGUGUGUGUGUGUGUGCCAUCAAAACAACAAGCGAAAUGUUGCCACAAAAAAAUAAAUAGCAUAAAUCCGCAAGUCCUGCGUUUUGCAUUUUGCUUGAUCUAGUUCCUGGCAAAGUUGUCUCUCCUCUCUCUCUCCCCCCUCCCCCGCCUUGAAGCAGAUCCAAACACUACAACUGGGUCUUGUCAUCCAAACUGUCUUUCAUUUCCACCGGGUUUUUUGGUGUUUUUUUACACCCCCACUUUUUUUUGGGGGGGGAGAGAAAUGGUUGGAAAUUGGAUUUUUAAAAAAUAAUCUCCCCCCCCCCCCGUAUUAUUUUCCUUAGCAGAAUUGCCAGCCUUCUAACUCCCUGCUGCAUGUUAACCAUUAAUUAUUAUUAUUAUUUUCCCCUCUGUCUUACCCGCCACCCCCCCUCCUGAGUUGUCAGUCAUAUGACAAUGAUACUGUUUUGUUUCUCCUCCCCCCCUUUUUAAUUGCUGUGAGUCUUCCUAGCGGAGGGAAAGAGGGAGGCUUGUUGCCUUUAAUGGACAUGGUUUUUUUCUUUUCUUGGGGGGGUGCGCUUGUUUGUUAGUACAAGUAAUUGGUUUGCUUGGAAACAAGAUUGUUUUUGCAUUGUCUUGGAUUUUCCCCCCUUGGAGGGGGGGUGGUGUAAGUGAAGAGAGAGUGUUUACUUACUUGCCUCUUCCCCUAGCUGUGAUAUUUGCUCCUUCUCUCUCUCUCUCUUUAAGCCCAGCUGAGUACCCAGAUCAAAUCAGUCUGGAGGUUUUGUUUGUAAAGCCUGAGAACCUAUCAAGAAGGUUGAAACCUUGUGCAUGUUUUGAAAUUCCCCAUUUCCAAUUCCCCCCUCCAUCCCCCCUUCUUUCUCUUUUCUUUCCAAGGCAGCACCAACAGUAUGGAAUUGAAAGUGAUCUAAAUAGUUUUUCCUUCAGGCAUUUCGGGGAUUGUAACCCAGAGCUAGAUAUGGAUCCCACUGUAGCCUUUUGAAUAAUUUCAAAACCUCCUUCGGAGCUUCAGGCCAGUCCUUCAGGCUGAUUUGCAUAAUGGGGGAAUUUUAAAUCCACCCUGAAUCAGAAAUUUGAACCUGCCCCUUUCUGUCAAUUCCCUUCCUGUUUCCUUAUAGAAAUGAUGUGUCUUGUUUUAUUUUUGAAGUGCACUGCAAAUCAGUUCCCUAAUUAUAGGGAAACCGAUAAAUAUUGAUUAAGCUUGCAGUCUCUCCCACUUUUUGGCCCAACCUUCAGUUAACAAGAGGGGAGAAAUGGUCAGUCAAAACCUAGGCAUGCUUACUCUGAAACAAGCCCCAUAGGUCAGUAGUGGUCCUUACUCCCAGGUAAGUGUGCUUAGGAGUAGAGCCUAAACAGAUGGGGGAGAAGUGUAAAAAUCAGCAACAUACUGUGACAGAAACUCCCAUUAAGUUGACACUUAAGAGAGUGAAAUGUGUGACAUUUGCUUUUGGAGUCAGCUUUGCUUAUGGGGAUAUGGGGGGGGGGGGUUCCUGCUUAAAAUAAGGUAACUAUGGAGUCUGAUAUAUUUGCCCAUAAACACACACACAACCCCCUUAUAUAUUUAGUUCCAUUAACAUGCUGAUCUUUAAUUAUGGGGAUGAUAGUGAAGGGGAAAUGAAGUGUGCACUGAUAGACACCCACCCCCCAAAAAAGAGAGAGAUAAAUGCUUGCAUUUCUUCCAAAGUUCUCUUUAGUUUGUUAGGAAUUUGGAAACACAUUUGUGUCACUCGGAGGGUUGCUUGUCUCCUAUUGCAGCAGGGAGGAUAGCUUACUUUAUUUCAUUUUAUUCUACAUGGCCCGUUGCAUGUCUAUCUGAACCGUGUACUUUCUUGGCAGAAGUUCAGGAUUUUAAAAGGAAGUCUCUUUUGGCAUUGAGUGAAAGAAAUAGGGAGAUGACUCAUACGGUUGUGCUCUUGGCCAGUAGAUAAAAUUCUUCAAUGUGGGGCUCCCAGCAGGACCUCGAAAAGUUUUAUUUCUCCUUUCACCGCUUUCCCUGCAAUCCCAUUUUCUCAAAACUUUCUUCUUCUUCUUCUCAGCAUCGCAUUAUCAUUCUGAAAGGUUUUGUUCACCGAAAUUCCUUAGGCCGCUAUCAUUUCUACCAGAAUUGUUCCAAGUUACGCAAAACUCAUGCCAGUGUGCUUGGAAGAACUGGCAUUCUUUGAACGUCUCCCUUAGGCUGAGUUUUCAUCUGCAGGAAAUGGGCUGGCUUGGUGGGUUCCCCUUGAAUAUGGAUCAUGACUUUGCCGCAACCGCACAUGUUUCUUGAGUUCAGAGCGCUGAUGCUGUCAGCUCGGUGGAAGUCUAGCUUGACAACUUUCUGCAGAGAUCACACAAUUCACUUGGAAGCCCUCUUACUUAAUAAAAUACUGGAAAGUGUAGAAAGGCCUGAUUAAAACUGGGAGGUUGGGGCGAGAACAGAGUCACUUCCAAGCCAACCCAUUGAACAUCUCCUUUCUAGGAGAUGAUUUUUCAGCUCACACAAUAAGAGUAAUGGCUGGAAAAUGUAGGUGGAUUUGAACUCUUUCUAUGUGUGUUUGAACUCCAGCCCAGUUCUUGGGAACUGCAUUGUUUACUGUAACAGUCAUUAAAUGAGGGUUGAGUGGCCUAUUACUUUAAGGGAGCCUAGCAACCAGAAAUAAACACCCCAUCCUUUGCACACACAUGGUUUGGUUGAUGUUUCUGGAGAAUGGCUUCUAUAGCUUUGCACUUUUCUUUUUUAUAAAAAGAGAUUUAAUUUUAAUUUAUUGUGUUUAAUUUUUUGUAGACGUGCUUAGAGCUGGAACGAUACCUUCAGAGCGAGCCUUGCUACGUAUCUGCCUCUGAGAUAAAAUUUGACAGUCAAGAGGAUCUGUGGACCAAAAUUAUUUUGGCACGUGAGAAAAAGGAGGAAUCUGAACAGAAGGCCACGUGUGUUCCAAAGGAGGAAAGCGUAAAGACUCAGAGUUUAGAGACUAACAGCUUGAAUUCUGACAUCAGCAGUGAAUCUUCUGACAGCUCUGAGGAACUUUCGCCUACAACAAAAUUUACAUCUGAUCCCAUUAGUGAUGUCUUGGGCUUGACCAGUACAGGAAACUUGAGUUCAUCUGUCACGUCGACUCCUCCUUCCUCCCCUGAGUUGGGGAAGGAAGCUUCUUCCCAACCGUGGAAUUCUGCGCCUGGUGAAUUGCAUUCGCCGGGCAAAAUUCGUACUGGUAGUGGUGGAAAGACUGCAGAAAAGGGUGCCUCAGUGAACGGCGAUGCCUCUCCGGAUGGGAGGCGGCGGAUCCACAGGUGUCAGUUCAAUGGGUGCAGAAAGGUUUACACCAAAAGUUCACAUCUGAAAGCACAUCAACGUACCCAUACAGGUGAGAUCUUCUCCACUGGGUGAUCCAAACAUCUGGUCUUGGGCGAUCCAAAUAGUGGUCACUUUGUGUUUUCUAUGGAAGAAAACAAAACUGGGGCAUGCUAGGGUAGCCUCAGCUGUUUGUUCAUGUGUGGGUACAAGCACACCUUGUCGCAUCCCACUUGGCUGUGAUCUGAAGCCACAAGAUAUGGAGUCUUUGGUGCAGUUAAGAAGGUCUGUGACCAGUCAGCAAUGAGCUAGGAGGCCUUCUGGGAACACUGUUUACAGUUCCAUCAUGGAAGAAAGGCAGGAUAUAAAUGUAAUAAGGGGGACCCCAUUUGCUUCCUGUUCCUAUAGCACUGGCAGGUAGCUUUCUCUUACUAGGAUGUGUGUCAAAACUUCCAUGGCUUGGGCCCUAAGAUGUGGCAGGCUAAUGGUGUUCACCAUCACAUAUGAUUUCUAUAGGACUUCUGCUUAAUACUUCAGCUGGUGGCUGGUUCUCAAUGACAGCAUCAUCCUCUUUCUCUUCCCCUUCCCUUGCUGUCCAUGGCCAGCAGAACUAUGCACCAGGAUGCCAUUAUUAGGGCUGGCAGACAUGGAGAGCAUAUGGUUCCUCCAGAUGUUUGCUGGACUCCCAUGUCCUAUCAGCCCCAGCCAGCAUGACCCGUGACCAGAGAUGAUGGGAGUUGUAGUUCAUCAAUAUCUGGAAGGCCAUAGGUUCCCCAUCUCUGAUCUACAGUUCAGCAGAAGUUUUUGUCCCUUAUUCUAGGCAACCCAUCUGGAUUUAGCUUCAUGUCUGACUUUGGCUGGUGAUAACUGUAAGGAAAACCCUUGAUGCUAAUAGUGUCAUAAUGUUACGCAAUUUCUGGAGCAAGAGCUUGGGGCCAUCAGAUGAUGCAAUAACAGCUGAGGUUUCCAAAAUGCAAGGCAUCACUUCCUCAUUUUUGUUCUGCAUUAGCCAGUUGCAAGCUUCUAUGUGCAAAGCUUGGAUGAGGCUAGUUAACUUUUCUCUCUCUUGCACAUGUUUGGUUCCUGUUUUGUAAUUAGCUGGUGCUUGAGAAGAUGCACAAUUGUUAAAUUGUUUUUCCAAGGAGUUGGAGGGAAUCCCUCAAAAACAACAAAAAACAACAACAGAGAACUAGCUUUGAAACUCAGCAACAGCAAAAGGAAAUGGAAACAUUUCUCAGAAAUUGGAGAUUUUUGUCCUGAUUCUGAAGGACAGAUUCCUCAUUGAUUCAUUUAAUAGCAGAAGAGUAACUAGUUCCCUUAAUUGCUGGACUUGCCUCAAGCUAGCUGUGUGUGCAUUGACAGAAGUAAAAUGAUCUUUUGAGAGAGAUGUUUAUGAUCAUAAAGACAAUGGCGGACUUUAAGAGCGUUUCAUUAUCAUGUGGUUUUGCUAACACUAAGCAAACAGGAUUUUACUAGUAUGAAACCUAGAUUUAAACAAAACAAAACCCAGUUCCCUAGCUUAACUUGAAAGGAUUUGAAGCGGGCAGGCACUCCAGGGUUUCUAUAAAUUUUUCAUAGUGAAAGUAGUUGCUUUUUGACAUUAAUAUUCUAGAGUGCUUGAUGACUGUGGUUAGAUGUGCAGAGCUGCUGGCUGGCAUACCAAUCUCCAGCUCAAGGUGCAGAGCGAGAUUCUGCACCUUGAGACAAACAGCUUAGAGGUCUCCUCUUCAAAGAUAUUCUUUUCACCGUUUGAAGAGGGGAAUACAAAAAAAGAUGGAUCUGUUCUAUGCUUCCGCAGCCUGGUGAGCGAGGGAGCUUACCUCUCAUAUGCCCGUUAUUCUGCAGUAAUCAAACAAAUAGUGUUAAGCCAUAGAAUCUUAUAACCAGAAUCUCUGGACCAGAAUGCAUUUUUAUGAUCUGCUGCUGAAGGUGGUUUUGCUCUCCACUGUAGCCUUUCCCAACCUGCUGCUCUCCAUGUGUUUUGGACAACAAGUCUCAUCAUCCCUGAUGGUUGACCAUGCUCACUGGGGCCUGGCAGUCUAAAACAUCUGAAUGACAAAGGAUUGGGAAAUUCUGUGUUGUUGUUUUUUCUCUGCUCUCCGCACCUUACCCUAGCCCACUUUGACCCACGUAGUCAUGGGGAAGGUGGUUGGCUGUGUGGGCAAAGCAAUUAGAUCUUCACAAUUCGGGGACAGACAUUUUCACACUCGCUAGAUUUCUAGAGCGAUAGAAAAACAUGGAAUGGAACCUUUGGAGAGUCUAAGACAGGCAUCCCCAAACUUGGCCCUCCAGAUGUUUUGGGACUACAACUCCCAUCAUCCCUAGCUAACAGGACCAGUGGUCAGUGAUGAUGGGAAUGAUAGUCCUAAAACAUCUGGAGGGCCGAGUUUGGGGAUGCCUGGUCUAAGAUUUGCUUUCCCAUAUUGUCAGGAUUGAGGCUGGCAUCCAAACAUUCUGGCUUAAUAAUGGUUAAUAAUAAUUCUCCCUUUUGAAUGGCCCCAAAUUUGUAGGUUAGGUUUCUCAUUACCAUCCAAUAUUGAUAGGCCUAACCUAUGUAUCUAAUAGGUGAACCCAAUAUAUAUUGGGUUGUGUGUGCUUAAGUUAUACUUGGAGAAGACCUAUUAAAUCCAUGGGUGCAAAUUAGGCCUAACUAACUCAACUCCAUUGUUUUCAGUGGGUUUAGUCUAUGAGUAAAAUUUGGAGCGUGCAACCCAUAAUUUGCUGCUAUUGUGUUUAACCUAGGAAGUCCACAAAAGCUACUAGCGCAGGAGACCUCCAAGCAUGGUCUAUAUCAGUUGUUUUGAGCCUAAAAGAUAUAGAGAACCAACUUCUAUUAAACUUCUAUAAGAAUCUGGGCAUUUGGAGGCAGUUCUUAUUCGCCCUAGGUGACCAGGUUAGUGGUGAUUUUACAAGCCUAUAUUCUAAACACUCAGAGAAUUCCUAGGAUGCAGCUGCACAAGGCUUACAUUACUGGCAUGUUUUCCAGUCAAGGCUUGAUGUUUUGCUGUUGCAGCAAAGCUGUCAGCUCAGAAACAUCUAAAUUCUCCAUCAGCGUUCUCGGAAGUACUUAGUGUGCUGUUGUGAAUUAAAUUGAGUGGCCUUAUUUCCUAUGUUAAAAACAAAUGAAUCAAUAUUCAUCUUUGCUUGGAGAGAGAAACGGACGGUUAAUAAUCUUUGGUAUGUUUUAUUUGCAGGAGAAAAGCCUUACAGAUGCUCAUGGGAAGGGUGUGAGUGGCGUUUUGCGAGGAGUGAUGAGUUAACCAGACACUUCAGAAAGCACACGGGUGCCAAGCCUUUUAAAUGUAGUCACUGUGACAGGUACGUGAAUGGACACUCUCUUUUAAUAACCCCUGCACCUCCCUCCUCCCCGGUGCUUCCAUGGGAAGCAAUGACUUAAGCCCUCCACAUUGAUGAAGCCACCAAGGCGCAGGCAGUUUCAUCAAGUAUCAGCUUUAUCCCAUUGCACCGGAGCUUUUCAAAGGAAGCAUCCAGCUUCAGUGAUCAGCAACAGUGUAGCUUUUUAGUUCUAACAGUGCAAAAAGAGAGAGAAAUAAGUCUGAUCAGGUGAAUCAAUUCUGCCUCUGCUUAAAGUAAAAACGUUUCCAGUUACAUAUUUCAGAACAGCCUACUUGAAAUUCCAGUGGAAAUACUCCCAGAAUUAAGUGGAUUGAAGUUAAUGCAUUUUAGAUAGUGUCUGCAUGGAUACAGGUUAAAUAAUAGAGUGACUUCUGAUGCUGACAUCAGGAGGAAAGCGGAAGAAGCUAACAGGAGGAGGAGCAGUCUGUAGGGUCUCUUUCAGUGAACAUCUUAGAAGGGUUGGGUUGGGUUGGGUUGGGUUGGGUUGCUAUGGUAUAGCUAUGGUCACAUUAUAAAGAGGCGGACUUGGUCCCCGUGGUGGUCUCUCUCCCAACUCCUAGUAUUCUGUGAGUCACCUUCCCUUUCCUCCAAAACUUCCAAGACAGUUUAUGUCUUCUAAGAAAUAGCUCUUCUGCUUAGCCAUCUUCGUUUGGGUCUCUUUUGCACCAGCCUUCUGUCACAAUGAGUUAUUGGAAAAGGAUUGCAAAGAGUUAUUUUAGCAGGUGCUGUGAACUUAGGCUAAGAUUCUUGCAGGAUGCUCGCUUGGAUUGAUUUAGAUGAGCCUAGUCUGUCUCAUGGGGUUGCUGUGACCCUUGCAUCCCAUUCCAAGCUCCUUUCAGGAUAUGAAUGUCAGCCCGAUUGGUGAGUGACUGAGAACGUGACUGUGGUGCCACUCUGCAUACUUUGCUUUGACACAGCAUUUUGCAUUCUGGCCAAGUGGCGGAGUGACCAUUCUGUUCCUCUGUUCACCUACUUGACAACCUAUCUCUCUGCCCCAAGGUUGCACAAACCAGUCCAAGUCACACAGAUUGCAGUGGAGUUAAUUCUGCACGUCGUUUUUGUUUUAAGUAUGCUCCGUAAAGGUGCUCUGUAAUAUUUGCCUCCGUUGCAACUGAUGAUAGUAAGGCUGGGGUACAAUAGGAUUCCAAAGGGCUUUGCACUUGGGUCUCCCAAAUCAAAUUCUGUGUCUCUCGGAUGGACCUAUAGGGCCUCAUAACCUAGCACAGCAGUCCCCAAUGUGGUGCCAUACGGAUGUUAUUGGAUCAGUCCAGCAUGGCCAGUGGAAUGGGACAAGCAGAGUCAUAGUCUUGCAACAUCUGGAGGAAGCCAUGCUAACUCCUCCUGGUCUAACCCGAUUCACUCACCUAUAGGAAGAUAGUCCUCAAAAUUCUCCCCUCUUCUCCGUUGACAGGUGUUUCUCCAGGUCCGACCACCUGGCCCUGCACAUGAAGAGGCAUCUCUGAGUGGGUGAAGAGGUCGAAUCCUGUGGGCUAAGAGGCUUCGAGGUCAACCAGCCUUGAAAGAAGGGAUGCGUGUUCCAGCCAAAGCAUGCCAUUUUGCACCCUAACCCAGUUGCCUCCAGGGCCUCUCUUCCUUGGAAGGUCUUCUGAGGGCUAAACAAGUCAUGUAAGGAAACGGCAUAGCGACCGCACGGUUGUGGGUCUCGUACGCUGGCACCCAACCUUCUACGCCUUCUGCCGUGAGCACGUGCACUGAGAAUGUUAAUGAUUGGACGACUGUAUGUUAUUGAGGAUCGUACUGGGCGACUGUAUGCUGAGGCACAUGAAUACUUUUUGUUUGUUUGUUUCAUUUUCCUUCCGUUUCGUUCCUCGUGGUUGUUUUAUAACCGUAAGCGAGAGAGAGAGAGGAAAGGUCAGCUGAAUGGGGGAGGGCGGGGGAAUCAUUUGCGUAUGUGAGGAGUAUGCCGCAAGAAAGGAGCGAUCAAUCAUUUCCAAGGGGCGGGGCGAAAGGGGUGUCUGCACCUUUAAAAAAAAAAAGGAAGAAAAAGAAAGAGGGAGGGGAAGAUGGAGGGGAGGGGGUGGCGAGUCAGGACACCAGAAUGGAGGGAGGGGCCCCUAUCCUGUGUGAGAGGAGCUUUUGGUGUCUGGUCCAGCUCUUAAAUGUGCAAUGUGUCAAGUAGCUUGUUUUACUUGCUACAGAGCUCAUUUGUAAUCCAUUGUAUAAGCUGUGUAUUUACAAUAUAACACAACCUAUAACUUUUUCAUUAUAAUACAAAGAUUAUUGCAUGGUUCUGGGGAACUAUAUGCUUUUCCAUUCUUUAAUCAGGACUUGCAGGUAUUUCUUUUGUUUUCUCUCCCCCUCUCUCAAUUCCAGUUAAAAAGCUGCUACAAUGCAAUUGGUUUAAUGUUACAUAACAUACAGAUCCUGGAUUUUUAUUUUUUUAUUUUUUUGUCCUGUUGGGUGGAUAAAACCACUGUAGGUUAGAAACUGUAAUAUUUUUUAAGAAAAGAAAAGAAAAUUCUCAUGCAGCUAUGUUGGGGUUUUGUUUUUUUGUUCCUUUUCUCUUUUAUUUAUGCCUUGAGGUCUCUUAAUUUCUGGUUUUCUAGCUGUUAAUGCACUGUUGACCUUAAUAAUGGUGCCUUAUGCAAAAGUGAUCUCUUCUCGCAAGAGGUCUUAUACAGGGGUAUGGGUGAUUUGUGCUUCAUUAAGGCUCUCUUGUCACCUGACAUUUGUACUGUAUCAAAUGUAAAUUAUGAAGAGGUGGAGGAAAGCAUAGGCUGAUCUUCAGGGUUUUUUUCCAUGUAGAAAAGCAUCUUUGGACAUGUGAAUACAAUAUUACACCUUUCCUUUUAAAAAUCCCAUGGAAUAAUAUGACCGGUUCUGCCAUCUUGAAAAUCCCUGUUUAUACAUCCUUGCACAACCAGUAAUAUGUGUACAGAACAUGCACCCUGAACCUCCCUUUCCCAUGUACCUCAAAAUGUUACAAUUCCUCCCUUUUUAAAAGUGUAGGAGCAUUACAAAAAUAAUCAUUUGCUUAAAAUGGCACAAGUUCCAUGUCUUUAUAUCAAGCUUUCUCUUGGUUAAUACUAAAAUAAAACACUCUCUUUAUUAAAAUAGAAAAAGCAAAACAAAACAAAAAAAAGUUACCAAGCGGGCAGAAAGUUUCUUGGGUGUAUAUAUUUGCUUGUAUAGUAUUUGUAAGCACUGUGUGUUUGUGUGUGUGUAUGUAUGGAUAAUAUAUAUUUUUCAAGGAAAGAAUUGAGUUCUUUCCUGUGAAAUAUGGCAGCCCAUAAGAAGUCCUCUGCUUUUCUUUAAGUUUUGUAAAGGAAGCAAACAAGUGGUGGUCACUAAACACAUAAAAACAUUUUUUUAAAAAAAUAUAUUAUUAUUGGCUUGCAGACUACUUUAAAAAGUGUUUGGGCAGCAGGCUGGGGGUGGAAGAGAGGCUCCGAUGGGUGCAAGCGAUUCUUGCGAAGAGAAAGCUGGACUGCAUUUGCUUCUGUGUCGGGGGGGGGGUGCACUUGUGAGCUCAAAAAUCCCCGAUUGUCAAGCGAAUGGAGCAAAUCGGAACCUUUUCCUGAGGCUACUGCAGGAUUGGGCAUCUUUCAAUGCAACUUGGCAGCUUUCUGAAUCAGGUUCUCUCUCUCCAGACCAAUGAGCCUGCCAUUUCUCUUUUACCUUGGCAAGGUCCCAAGACUGCCCCUCUUGUCCCAACUGGACCUUCCAACCAACUUUCUGCUCGUGUCUUGCUGGCUCUCCAUCUGUCCCGAAGGGCACUGAUUUGGUACAUCACCUUGAGGGCUGAGCUCACUUAGUGACAUGUUUCCACAUCAUCUGGAAGUGCUACAUCAGAGGUGGGGAACCUUUGGUCUCUGAUGUCGUUGAACCACAACUCUCACAAUCCCUGUUGACCAUUCUGGCAGGGGCUGAUGAGAGUUGUGGUUGCAUGGCAUCUGGAGGGCAAUGGGGUCUUCACCUCCUGUGCCACAUUUAGCAGUUGAUAAUUCUAGCAGGAGGCAACAACAACAACAAAAACCCUCCAACCCAAAUCUACCCCUUUGGCUUCUGUCUAGAAGCUUAUUGAGAAGAUCUAGGAAUGAGUUCCUUGAUGAUUGCUUUGUUACUUUGGGUAUUUACAUUUCAGCUGAAGGCGCAAUAUGGUUUUCAUGAGAGAGCUUAGAUGCAGCCAUCCCCCAGAAGUUAAGUCAGUGAGUUUCAGAACUGCCUUCCCCAGCAGUGCUGUACUUACCCACAAACCACAGUGAUAGCCCAUUUCUUGCUGUUUAGGACAGCUUUUCCAGGAACUGGUGGUGAAGGUUAAAUAGUUCUCUAGAACACAUUAGACACUAAUUUAUCCAUUUCUAAGGAACACACAGGCCUGCCCCUUUUGUAUUGUGUUCAAUUUUUAUAUACUUGAGUGUGCACUUUUAAAAAAGCAAAAAGUAAAUAUGCCCUAGGAAAAAGGUUUAUAUUGUCUACAAUCUGUAGGGCUCUCAUGUUACAUGUGGAGCUUCAUGCAUGUAGGAUCUGCCUUGCUCUUUUUUCUUUUUUCCUUGUUGAGGGACUUCCUUGCAGCUAUAGUGAGAGAAACAUUUCAUACAUGGAGCAUUCUCCAUAGUAAAAAUGGGAGGUCUAUACCUGUAUGUUUAUCAGGAUCAUCACAAGUGGAACAAGGUGAUUAAGAAGGGUUUUUCUAUUUGUUUGGGGGUAUUUCAGGGGUGGGUUUUUUGUUUACCUAUUUUGCAAUGCUUUCUGCUGAAGCAUAAUAACUCUAUUAAUGCUCAAGGAGAAAAACAUGGAAAUUUAGUAAAUCCCCCUGCAUUAGCUUUUCUUGAUUGUGAAGCAUCAAAACGGUUUUGGAAUGGGGGGCUGUGUGCCAUACGUCAAAUUAUGCCUGUCAGUUUUGUAAGUUUAAACAAGUACAUUUUGUUCAGGUGAUAACUGAGCCUCAAUAAAGCAGAGAGAAAAAAAAUUGCUUGAAAUUUCAGAAGAGAAUUUCUAUUCGUAAAAUUUCUUUCUUUCUUUCUUUUUUCCUUUUUUUGUUUGUUUGUUUUUUGGAAGCACCCUGUUAUCUAAAGAAUCUCUUUGUAAGAUUUUUGUAAAAAAAAAUUGUUUUACAAGAUUUUAUUUGAAAUUGUUUUUUGCAAGAUUGUUAUAUUUCUGUAUGAAUGUAUUUUUUAUUGGAAUAACAUAAAAAAAAAAAUUCUUAUCAGC